CCUCCUAUUGCAGAUUGACCCCAAGGAUUGACCCUAUCCCGGAUCCCAUAUCCUAAGCUAAGAGCGCUAGCGCAGCAGAGAUAAAAUUACUCUAUCUCUGAGUGCAGAGACUUGAAUUGGCACCACUAUAGCACUAGCACUAGCACUGUCUUCUGCUCAGAUGUCAUUUGUACUGCAGAGAAUGCUCUCUGUGCGAGCAUGUUCUUCUUCCCUCCUGGUGAGAGGCAGCAAGGCAGGCUGGAGAAGCUAUGGAACAGCACGGAAAGUAGCUGUGAAGGGCCUGGAGCAAAGGCUGGCUGAUGGAGAACGUGUGUUAUGUGCUGAGGGAUACCUCCUCGCACUGGCCAGGAUGGGUUACAUCGCUCACGGUGUUUGGGUCCCCGAGUUCAUUCUGGAGCAGCCUGAGGUGCUGCGUAAUGUCCACUAUGAGUUUGCACAUGCUGGAACAGAUGUCACUGAGGCAUUUCAGUACUACACUCAUCGUGAGAAAAUGAAGGAAAUUGGACGUGAAGGUGACUUGGAGCCCAUUAAUCGAAUUGCUUUAAAAAUUGCAAGAGAAGUAGCAGACGACACUGGCACAUUAAUGGCCGGAGGGAUAUCAAAUACAAAUCUCUACAAACCCGGAGACAAAGAAGUUGAACGAACAAUUCGAUCCAUGUUCGAGGAGCAAGUUCGCUGGUCGAAAGAGGAAGGUGCUGAUUAUAUUAUAGGAGAAACAUUUACCAGUUUGGGAGAGGCAGAAAUUGCUCUGGAGGUCAUAAAAUCUUUCGAUUUGCCUGCAGUUGUAACAAUGACCGUUCUUGGUCCCAGAGAGGAUGGUACAUUAAAGACCUUGGAUGAAGUACCUAUAGGGAAAGCCUAUCGCACCCUCUUAGAGAAAGGUGCCACUGUGACUGGUCCAAACUGCUCAAGAGGUCCGGAUCAAACGCUUGAAGUAUUAAGAGAAGCAGCGAAAGAAGUUGACCCAAAGAGACUAUGUGCUCUGCCCGUUACUUAUCGCACGACUCCUAAAGAGCCUACGUUUUUUGAAUUCACGGACAGCUGCUGUUCUGAGAACAACCCUGUGUACCCUCACGGCCUGGAUGCGUUUAGUGUGAGCCAGGUGGAGAUAAGGAUGUUCACAAAGCAGUGCAUGGAUAUGGGAAUACAAUAUCUCGGUAUAUGCUGCGGAAAUACAGGAAACUACACGAGGGCGAUGGCAGAGGUGAUGGGCAAAGAUCCACCCAGUAGCAAGUAUUAUGACCCUACAAAUAUGGGGAUUCCCCCUGAGCAGAGGAAAAAAGAACUUAAUUGGAACUAAUUAAGUGUGUGUGGCCUCUGUAGCUUAUUUUUGUAUUGAAUCAGAUGUUUUGUAUACAAUUGUCUAGCCUCCUUCA